GAAGAUACAACAACCAUGAAAAGUGUUUUCCUUGAAAUUGGGACAGAUUCAACCGUGGUGAAAUUUGUUCUCAAAGACAGUAUAAAGGAGCCAGUUCCAGAGAAAAAUGAUGUCCUUGUGCAAGUUAAGGCAUGUGCUUUGUCACCCAUUAACGUAAAGGUAAUAACUGAAGUCUUUCAGAAGAACCCUAGACAGCAAUACCCAGUGGGUCAUGGAGUAUCAGGGGUUGUCACUGUGGUGGGGUCAAAUGUCAGCAGUGUCAAGGUCGGACAGGAGGUUGUAGGAAUUGUGUCCCUUGACAGUCACUACAGUGGAUGUGCUGAAUUCACAGUUUUCCAGGAACAUGAUGUGGUGAAGAAGCCAGACAUGCUGAGUUUUGAAGAUGCUGCGGGGUUGCUGGGAGACGCUGUGAAGGCAUACACAGCUCUGCACUAUUCAGCUCACAUCUGUGGUGGGGAUACAGUACUGGUUGUGGAUGGGGCCACUCCCUUUGGCACUGUGUGCAUACAGUUAGCCCAGCACUGGGGAGCCAAGGUCCUUGCCACCUCAAGCACACAGGCAGAAAAGGACUAUCUGAACAGUUUCCAGCCUCCUUUAGCCCAUGUUGUAGACUUGGGUCAUAAAAGUAACAUGCUGGUAAGCAGUGUAAUGGAGGAGACUGGAGGGCUGGGGGUGGACUGUUUUAUAGAUAAUGGAGUACGUCUGUUCAACACAGAAGAAGAUAUAACAUCCAUGGGUGAGCGGUACAAAUAUCCAGUGCCCCAUAAGAAUGAUGUGAUAUCUUGCCUGGCUGUUGGGUCUCGCUGGGUCACUGGUCAGAUGUCUCUGCAGCUUGACCCACCGAAUUCCCAGCAGUUGUUUUUACGAGGGGCCAAUAUUUGUUUCCUGUUUGACCAAAUAUGGACAUUGUCCCGAGCUCAGCAUGGACGCUACCAGCAUAUACUCCAGGACGCUGCAGAGAAAAUAGACAGAGGCCUCAUCAAGGUGAAAAUUGCUCAGACUGUGUCCCUGGACAAUGCUGUUCAAGUUCUUCAAAAGCUGAACGAUUUUAGAAUUGGGAAAGUUGUUGUCAAACCUUAAUCUUAGUAGCUGGUCACUGUCCUGUUUUAUAUGUACAUGUAUGUAACAUAUAGCUAUAAAAGAUAUAUGAUGUUGAACACUGUGUACUGAGUUCCAGUUAAGUGGGAGUUUUACAAAUACAUUUGUUAAGAAUAGUUGUACCAAAGUUUAUAACUAAUACAUUAUUGCUGGUAGAGCCAUGUUUCAGUUAUAGUGUCCAGCAAAGUUCCUUGCGGUGUUGGUGCACACAUAUUUCAGCUGUGGUGUCCAGCCAGGCCCUGUACAAUCCUAUCAGUGCUAUUACAGCCAUGUUUCAGCUGUGGUGUCCAGUGAAGUGCUGUGGGUUCUCAUCACUGUUGGUCCAGUAAGGUCCAGUGUGAUCACAUCAGCACUGUUUUAGCCAUACUUCAGCUAUGGUAACCAGUGAGGCCCUGUGUGAGCAUACCAGUGCUGUUACAGCCAUAUUUCAGUUGUGGUACCCAGUGAGACCUGUGUAAACCCACCAGUGCUGUAAAAGCAAAAUUUCAGCUGUGGUACCCAGGGAGGCCCUGUGUGAGCCUACCAGUGCUGUUACAGCAAUAUUUCAGCCUCUGUGCCCAGUGAGGAACUGUGUGAACCCACCAGUGCUGUUACAGCCAUAUUC